GUUCUAGAUAAGACAUGGAACUUAUCUGGCUUGCUGACACUCCACAGGCUAGGCGGCGCAACAGAGCCUUGAGGGCAUGUGCUCAAUGCCAGAGGAGAAAGAAACGCUGCCACCAUAUUGCUACAGAGAAUGUCGUGAGCCGACAAAACAACAUCCGCCAAGCACAUACUAUCUCUAACAUAUCUCCACAAAAGCAACGGCGUGAGUGCAGCAGUGUUGAUCAGCCGACACUCCCUGUUGCGGCCACUAUAGCUCAGAGCACAUCCACCACCACUACUUCCCGAGAUAUCUCGCGCACAGAACGCUUUGUCGGAGAUUUAAAUCCAGAAGCUGCGAUCCGCGAGAAGUUAGAUAUCGCUAACGGAAAUCAGUUGCGGGACCGAAUCGGGCUCUGGAUUAGCUCCCCCUCUGGUCCAACUCGUGAAGAGCGUCUAUCUCACUCCGAACCCUCUCAGGCUCAUGACGCCAUCACCUAUAGCCCCGAUUCGCGCCCUGUUGCUUCUCUAUUACACCAGCAAUAUACAUCUGCGUCAAAUGCUUGUGGUCGCUUACCUUACUCCACACGGAAAAAUCUUAUCUCGAUCUAUUUCGCCAAAGUCAAUCAUAUCUUGCCUCUUCUUGAUCAAGAAACUAUACUCUCGAGUCUAUCCGAAGAUUCGGUAUCCGUGUUCUUAGAACGCGCAAUAUGUCUUGUAGCAGCAAAAGAUGGCGCAGCAGGUUGUUGUCUCCGCCUGAGUGAGGGAGGUCAACUUGUGACUUCACGUCUAUUCUGCUCUGAGAUAUACGAUGGACUUGUCGCUGCCAUGAAUUUUGGCUUUGAGAGAGACAGAAUCACCCGCAUCCGUAUUUUGGCGCUCAUGUCUCUGCAUUCCGAGGGUUAUGAGGGCGUUGAAACAGCCUCAAUGCAUCUUUGCCAGGCUAUUCACCAGGCUCAAACAGUGGGCCUACAUCUUCACCGUCCUGAUAAACCAGCGGACGAUACUCUAUCACAUCUCUUUUGGUGCUUGUGGACUCUAGACAGAAUGCAUGCUUGUCUAGGUGGCCGUCCUGUUCUUCUUUCCGAACGUGACAUCGGGAUCAGGAAACCACACGUUAGACAUUCCACGAAGACUUCUGCCUUUGACAUAUGGUUUGCGAUCUCUGAUCUACUCUCGACAGUGAUAUCAUUUUACAGACCGUCAUCAGAUCAUACAGUUGGGUGGGAAACAGGUUUUCCCACAUUCGAAGGCAUUACAGGAGAUCGGUGUUCAGACUUGGACUCUGCCACACUAGAUUUUUUAGAACUAUAUUACCACGCUGUUUGCAUUCUUUCAUGCAGGUAUGGAUUUUCACAUCCUGCGGAGUUGUCAAAGCCUUCGUAUUCUCGUCAGGGCCUUGCUGCAGUCCGGAUACAUUCUAUUUUCGCCACUGAAUGCUCCGGGAAUCUCCCCCCGCUACCCAUUGUCCCAUAUGCAUUGACGCUAUCGAUGGCGGUCUCGUACCAGCAAUUCCGCUCGAGCCAACUCGUCACCCAUUUGGAUCGAGCCAGAGCUGGCCUAAAAGCCUGCUGUGUCAUGCUUGAAACUAUGAGUGCCUACUGGUCUACCGCAGAGGCGAUGGCCCGGCUGGGACGAAAAGCACUUUGUCAGAUCGAAGGCGCAAAUCCGCAAAAUCGACCACAUGAUCAUGAUCACGGGUUGAUGGCAGUUUGCCCUGAAGUCCGCAUCCCUCGGCAUCUAGGGGAAAGCAUGUCGUCCUUGCCAUUAUCGUCUGAUGCUAUACAGGGCACUCGGACUAACGCCCCAUUACCCAUGCCUAUGCAAUCGCAAUCGCCAUUUAAUGAUUUUGGGGCACAGACCAUGAGCGAGCCCGACCCCGCGCACGGUCAAUUCGCCGAUAUAGAUAUUUUGUUUGGAGAAUUUCUCGACCUUUCUCUUCCCACGAAUUUCUGGGAUCCGGUAUUCUUAAGGAUGGAACCCUUAAAUUCAUGAUUGUGCGCGGUAGGAAAACAUUGGCUCGAUAAGCGCAGACAGUCCCCCGAGUCCCCCGAGUGUAGCACUAGAAAGGAUGUUGCCUUCGGGACUCUUGGCUCGGCAUUUUAGAAUCCACUAUCCAGGCACGCCUCUUUUACUCGCCAAAGUGUUGUCGUUACCGAUAUGUUGAUCGCCAUUGGUGUGCCUUUUUACGUAGUACACUAGUAGGAACUCGCUUGGAAUCAGUACUCAAGGGCUCUUCUUCUGUAGUAGACUACCUUGCAUGCGACGAUGAAGACUGGGUUCCGGUCGCGGCUGUGCCAAGGAAGCGAGG